AUUUUUAUAGUUGUUCAUUGAAGCAUGGCUCUGCACUUAUUGCAUAAGAGCCCUAAUGUUUAAUUUAUUUUGCCUCUAAAUUAAUUUAGUUUGUUUUUGUUUGAUAGAACAAUGUCACAGAAGAAGUGUGUAUUAAGGUCUCUGCUGAGUCAAAGAUAUAGUCAAGAAAAUGUCCAAAUCAAUAAUUAAAGCCUUGAAUUAUAGAGUUUAAAUUAAUUUUCUGCAAAUCUAAGCUUGUCACACAAACAUCAGAUCAUAAAGACAGGAUCUUAAAAAGAGUCGAUAAGAUUUUCAUCAGUGCUAUAUAUAAAACUAAUAUAUUUAUAUAACAUGGACCAUGGUUCAAUUGAAAUGUCACUAUUAUCAUUUAGUAGCCUCUGCUCCUCUUUAUUAGGAACCUUGCUUGUGAGAGAACCACCAUGUGAGAGAGCUCUAAAACCUCUGAAACUAUUCUUUUCAUCUUUAUCUUUCUGUCUACAAAUUCACUUUCAACAUCAGAGAGCCCUAAUCUUUUUGUUACUCAUUACACCAAAAACCUUCAAUGGCAACUUUAACAAAGUGAGUUUCUUGUAUUUUUGCUACUUCUCUCUCUUUCUUGAACACUGUAGAGUCUUAAGGCCAAAAGAUGUAUAAGAAUCAGUUGCAAGAGCUUGCACAGAGAAGUUGUUUCAAUCUCCCAUCAUAUACAUGCACAAGAGAAGGACCAGAUCAUGCUCCAAGAUUCAAAGCUAGUGUAAACUUUAAUGGUGAAAUAUUUGAAAGCCCAACUUAUUGUUCUACUCUCAGACAAGCUGAGCAUUCAGCUGCUGAAGUUGCUCUUAGUGCUCUCUCUUCCAAGGGUCCUUCAAAGUCUCUAACUGCUAGAGUUCUAGAUGAGACUGGGAUCUAUAAGAAUCUGCUUCAAGAGACAGCACAUAGAGCUGGUCUUGAUCUACCGGUUUACACAAGUGUGAGAUCAGGACCUGGUCACAUCCCAACGUUCUCUUGCACUGUGGAGCUUGCUGGAAUGAGUUUUAAUGGAGAAUCAGCAAAGACUAAGAAGCAAGCUGAGAAGAAUGCAGCCAUUGCAGCUUGGUUCUCCUUGAGAAAAAUGCCAAGUUUGGACCCAUUGAGAGGUGAAGAGAAGGAACAAGAGGUAGUUGCAAGAGUCCUCUCAAGAUUUAGACCCAAAGAAGUGAAAAGAAGAGAACCAAACCAGUCAAGAAGAACAGUCAUCAAAACAAUUCGCCAAAACACAACAACAACAACCACACGAGACUUGUUGUGUGAGAAUCUCAGAUCCAUCAAUCUAUAUACCAACGAAGCUUCAUCAUCAUCUCCACCACCACAGAGAUUCUACCACCACAGAGAUUCUCCUUCAAGAACAAAUCUCCCACAACAACAAUCCAAAGUCAAAUCAUUGCUAGAGAAAUGUCAAGAAUAUGCAGAGAAGAAACAGAGCCUAGAUGAUCCUAAACCAGAGCUCAUAAUCAAAACAUCAUCUCCAUCAUCAUCAUCAUCAUCAGUGGAGAGAAACUGUUAUAGUAAGCUUUUGCCCUUUUCAAGUUUUGGGUUAAACAAUCAGAAACUAGCUCCAGCUGUUCACAUAAGAUCAGUGAUCCCAGUUUGUUCAGCUCCUCCACCAAAACCUAACCCUAACCCUAACCCAUCACCGUCCACCACAAGGGAGCUGGGAAAUGGAGGCCAAGAGAAGAAGUCACUAUCGAAUUAGAAUUAGAAACAAAAUCUGGAUCAAACCCAUGAUUAAAGGUUGUGUCUUUAGAUAAACCCAUGUUAAGGAUAUAAUUAUAGAGAGAUUAGAGAAAUGGGUAAAAUCAAAUCAGUCAUGGGUUUCUGUAUGUUCGUCGUGUAAAUUUGACUUUUUUUGAAUUUUACGAUCUGACAUGAAAUCAAUGUUUCUGAA